AUGUGUGGAGUGAAAUUUGAGAAUCCAUUCGGCCUAGCCUCGGCUCCUCCAACAACGUCAGGACCAAUGUGUCGCCGAGCGUUCGAACAGGGCUGGGGCUUCAUACUAACAAAGACAUAUGGUCUGGACAAGGACCUUGUCACCAAUGUUUCACCCCGAAUUGUGCGAGGAUCGACUAGUGGACCGAUCUACGGUCCUAAUCAGGGAUCUUUCUUGAAUAUUGAGCUGAUUUCGGAAAAAUCUGCUGCCUACUGGUUGCAGUGUAUUCGCGAAUUGAAACGCGACUUCCCUACAAAAGUUAUUGUCGCUUCUAUUAUGUGCACUUUCAAUCAGGAUGAUUGGGUCCUAUUAGCCAAGCAAAGUGAGGACGCUGGUGCCGACAUUCUCGAGCUGAACCUCUCAUGUCCUCAUGGAAUGGGAGAGAAAGGAAUGGGUCUUGCAUGUGGACAGGAUCCGGAAAUCGUCAAAACUAUCUGCAGUUGGGUUCGAAACGCUGUGAAGGUGAGGUCCUCGCGAGAUCCGUUUCAUCUAAACAAAAUGCCCCCUAAUAUCACCGACAUACGUGCCAUUGCUCGCGCUGCGAAGGAAGGUGGAGCUAAUGGAGUGACCGCUACUAACACUGUAUCAGGCCUCAUGCACAUGAAGGCCGAUGGAACUGCAUGGCCAGCAGUUGGAAUCGACAAAAGGACCACUUACGGUGGAAUGUCUGGCUCGGCUAUUCGACCAAUUGCUCUGAAAGCUGUAUCCGCAAUCGCUAAUGAUAUGGAAGGAUUCCCCAUUAUGGCGACAGGUGGAAUUGAAAGCGCUGAAACCGGACUGGCAUUCCUCUCUGCUGGUGCUUCCGUCCUUCAGGUCUGUUCUGCAGUUCAAAACCAGGACUUCACCGUAAUAGACGAUUACUGUACUGGACUACGAGCUCUGCUUUAUUUGAAAGGAGCUAAAUCUCUGAAAGGAGUGGGAUGGGCAGAGUCCUCCGACUGA